UUUUCCGCGAAUGCGCGCGCGCGCCUCGCGCUGGGCAAGAGUGCUGCACGCGCUUUCGAAGUGCAGCGCUCGGUUUUGGCGGGAAAGGCGUUCGCACGUGCCGGAUAACGCUCGCGACCGAAGCGGUCUGCUGCGGCCUCGGAGAAUCAAAUUGGAAGUCGGGUGUGUUGGCGCGGGCUCAAGCUUCUUCCAUUGGUCUCGGGGCCGAACGAGUUAACGAUUUCCAAUUUUCGGACGCAAAGGUUCAGCAACAAUGAACUGGAAAUUUUUGCACCUUGCCUUCUCUUCCGUCUACGUGGUUUUAUGUGCCACGCGUGCGUCAGACGCGGCUACGUUGCCGUCUUCGAUUGUGCAAGCAGAGGAGCGUGUCAACGAGCUCGUCAAGAUUCUCUCCGACAUCAAAAAAAGCAUACGGCCACAGAAUUGCGCCGAUCACCUGCACGGGGGUCAGACGACGACUGGUCUCUACAACGUCUUCCUUCGUGCGGAUGACAUCACAGGGAAGGUGGUUUACAGCGACAUGGAUACAGACGGAGGAGGUUGGACGGUGAUACAGCGGCGCGGGCAAUUCGGGAACGGCGCCUACUACUUCUAUCGAAACUGGACGGAAUACGCCACAGGCUUUGGUGAUCCAACUAAAGAAUACUGGAUCGGCAACAAGGCGUUGCACUUUCUGACAGCCGAUUGCGACGACAUGGAACUGAGGGUCGUCCUGAAGAAUGAUACGGGCGAAAGCGUUUCGAUCGAAUACGACAGUUUUCAGGUCGGUUCGGAGGAGGAGCACUUCAAGCUGGACUUGGGAAACCUCCUCGGUCCACCUGGCUGGGACUCUCUCAGGGACGGCCACAACUGCGCUUUCACCACUUUCGACCAGGACCACGACAACGCGCCGGACAACUGCGCCAUAAAAUUCCGCGGCGCAUGGUGGUACAACAAAUGCCACGCGGCUAACCUGAACGGGCUCAACAUGAACGGCUGGCACGAGAGCUUCGCCGAUGGCAUCGAGUGGAGUCUACGUGGAACUCCCGGUCAUCUGUACCACUACUCGUACCCGAGCGUCACUAUGAUGAUACGCCCCGCUGGAACGCAAAUACAGAGGCGAACCAACGUCCUUGAGAGAGAUGAGGGAGACGUUUAGCCUGUGUUGACGGCAGAAAUUUCGGAUUCCCACGGAUGCGUCUGCCAGCCAGCUGGACUCGUCAAGCUAGUAGACCGACAUAGCUGAGCAAUGUUUACGCUCCACUCCGCUUAGGCUUCGCCAUAUCAGGCGCUACUGAUGCUGUUUUUCGAGAGCAUGUCUAGUUAUACCCUGGAGAAUUAUCUCGCACACCUACCUCAUCUACCUUUCCCCUAUGCCCCUUCCCCCUUUCCAUUUCAUCCGUAUGACUCGUGUGAAGGAGCGAUCACAUUCCUAAAGAAAAGAAUUUUGACCACCACCACCAUCCGGCGGUAGAGAUAAAUGCGCUCGUUUAGGCGCCGCUGGGAGGCGGCUUUCAAAAGUUCAGAGCUGGAAGACCAGCACUAGGCCGUCCGGCAAGCCGAAGAUGCCGCUCGAGUCUAAGGACUUCGAGCCGCCUCGUGAGGCCAUGACUACAAAAACUGCCGGUCCAUUCGUGUUAAUAAAGUUUAUUUUGUUCCGCAGA